AUGACUACUUCCAUCACUCUUCCUUCUGCAUGCGAUUUUCAUAUCCAUCUUCGUCAAGAUGAUAUGAUGCGUAUGGUGACACCCAAAGUUGAAGAAGGUGGUGUUUCUCUUGCAUAUGUUAUGCCUAAUUUACAACCACCUAUUAAAACAACAGAGCAAGCAAUUAGUUAUAAAGCAAAAUUAGAAGCACUUGCACCUAAUGUCACUUUUUACAUGACUUUGUAUUUGUCACCUGAAUUAACUGUUAACGAAAUUCGUAAAGCUGCUAAAGCAGGUAUUGCUGGUGUCAAAUCUUAUCCACGUGGUGUAACAACAAAUAGUGAGAACGGUAUUGAAAACUAUGAAGUUUAUUAUCCUGUAUUUAAAGCAAUGGAAGAGGAAGGUAUGGUUUUAAACUUGCAUGGUGAAAUACCUAGUGACGCACAAAAAGAUAUAUGUGUGAUGAAUGCUGAAGAGAGAUUUUUACCGGAACUUGAAAAGAUUCAUAAAGCCUUUCCCAAAUUAAAGAUUGUUUUGGAACAUGCUACGACAAAGGCUGCAGUUGAGAUGGUAAAGAGGUUAGGUGAUACAGUAGCCUGUAGUAUCACUGUUCAUCAUUUACAGUUGAUUGUUGAUGAUUGGGCAGGACAGGCACAUCAUUUCUGUAAACCAGUUGCUAAAUAUCCUCAUGACCGUGAGGCCUUGAGAGAGGUGAUCAGAUCAGGUCAUCCCCGUUUCUUUUUAGGAACUGAUUCUGCUCCACAUCCUAUCUCAACCAAGGAGGGCCCUCGUUCUAAUGCCGGCGUUUUUACUACCCCUCUUGUUUUACCUUAUCUUGCAAAAAUCUUUGAAGAUAUGGGCUGUCUUGAUCGACUUGAGAACUUUGCUUGUCAUUAUGGCAAACAAUUUUAUCGUCUUUCUCAAAAGCCAGGAUUUGUGGAUAAGAAAGUUACGUUAGUUAAAGAAACAAAUGUCAUUGUCCCUUCAUCUUAUCAAAUUUCUACUACAAAGACUGAAUUAGGCUCUGUUGUUCCUUUCUAUGCUAACAAAGAUAUUGGAUGGAAGAUUGCUUCGAAUUUUGUUUAA